AUGUCCAGAUCCGGCUCUCAAGGCAAGUGGGUGGCCUCCCCUGUCACCGAGGAGGACAUCACAGGGCUCCGGGAGGCGAGGUACCUGACUGCGGAAAUCCCACACGGGCUCCCUGCCAAAGCGCAGACAUUCAACGUGAAGCCGAAGGUGGUCGACGGGGAGCACGCGGAGUGCAGCGACGCUAUGGUGAGCAAGCUUGCCAAGGUUACCUCGCCAAAAGGGGCCUUCAUGGAAACCAUCAAGGCUUCACUGUUAGCGGCAAAUGCCCAGGCUGCGGAGGUUUCCGAACUAAAGCAGAAACUGAAGUUGGCCGAUGAGGAAAUUGUCCUCAUUAACAAGCGGCGCGACGAGGCGCAAGAUGGUGCUGCUGAGGUCGAGACCCUCAGGGGUGAACUUGCUCAGGCCAAGGUGCAGGCCAGGGUGAGCAAUGCGGUCGCUGAUAAAGGGGCUGCAGAUUUGAAGGCCGAACAGGCCACCCGGCACCAGUUCGAGGAGCGGAUAUCCGUCGUAGAGCAAGAGCUCAAGGACACCGUCCGCAAGUAUGAGUCCCUUGAGAAGGAGAAUAAACCCAAGGCGACCGAACUCGACAAAGCCCUUCAGGAGGCAAAAGAUGCGCGGUCCGAAUCCAGAGCGGCUCACGAAGAGAUCCGGCAGGCCGGACAGAUAGCGGCUGACGCUUUUGCGGAUCUUCCAAAGAGUGCCGCCAAUGCCACGCAAUUCUUCCAGGCUCAGGAGGGACAUGCGACGGCGAAGCUGUUCUGGUCACAGUUCGCGGCGCAGGAGCGCCCGGCGUUCCUGAACGACCAAAUGGCGCAGUGGGCCAAGCUGCAUAAGAUAUACUGA